GCACCAAAGCUUCUCCCCUACAAGUCCACGACUCUGGAGAGCUGCGUAUAAUUUAUUCAGAAGCAAAAGAAGAAGAAGCUAUCGAGAAUGAGGCCCUCACAUACGCUGGUGCAUUUGAUGUUGUGGUGCCUGGGCGUGUUGGUCUUCGGCGAGGCGACGCCCAACUUCUUCAGCAACAGCGGCAAGAUCAUGCCAAGCAUCGGCAGGAGGAGCGAUGUUCCGUCAGCGAUGGGCGUGCAGGCGCCAGACGUGCGAUCCAGAGAAUAUCCUCCUGAAGAGCUUUCGGACUUCGUGCCCCGCGACGCAGACCUCCAGGUGGCCUUGCUGGCCAAAGGGCUCAGGGAUGUCUACGACAAACUCGACUCAGCAUCGAAACAAGCCACACGCGGCGAUGCUUGUUUUUCUAGACAUGAAGCGGCCGAGGUACUCAAACUGCUUCAGGCCGCCACCAAGAAAUGAGGUUUUGCUGACAAAUUGCACGUGUUUUUUCAUGAAACGACGAACGUUCAGCGUUGAGGACAACAAAUGAGCUCACGAUGUUGCGCUGACAACAUGUUAAAUGGCCAAGGUGUCGACAUCAUGUCCAUUCUUUCAUGUUUGUCAAUUUUAAUCAUGAUGAUUUAAACCAAAUUUAUUGAUUGUCCAGUUGUCUAUUGUAUUAUUGGAUUGGAGUAAAGCGCACCGAUUUUAGGGGUUGAUUUUAUGGAAGGAAACAAUAUCCUGUUAAAAAAAUAACAGCAGGUUCAUAACAGGUGCAUGUUUAUGAAGAACCAAAAGUACAUAUUCGAUAUGAAAAAUCCAUGUAGUUGUCUUAAUCUUAUUUUUCCUUAUAACGGAAUAAAUGAGACAAAACGAAAUACAUUAUUCAAUUACUAGUACAUAAUUAAAAUGCCGGUUUUAAGGAACGCUGGUAUCCUCGCAUGACCUACGUAUUAUAGCCUCAAUGUGAGCAAGAAAGACAGGCACGAGUGUUCAACGGGAUCAAAAUGAGAUCUGGAUCCGCCGCGGGACCUGAAAUAAUGAUUAGGCUAAGCAUCGGAUUAACCACUGUCCAGUGUCCAGACACCAUGCGCAGUUAUAAAAGUAUCGUACACAUGUGUAUACAUUUAUAGAGUAUUGGCCCUAUCCGAAAGAUUUGCUUUAGCACGACCAAUCCUUUUCUGUGUAAUUGCUCAAUAAAUCUUGACAUUGAAUUAAUGGCAAUUGCCAUUGAUAUUCGUGACUUUUGUCGCGUCAGCGUCUAGUGUGGGGGUGGCCAGUGGUUACAGGUUCAGAGUACCAAGAUUGGAGCAG